AUGUUAUUCGAAACAGGAAAAUUGAUGGGCUCAAACGAUAGAAAUGUCCGAACUCGAUCGAUCAAGUCACUUUGUACAAUCAUGACGAAAAGCAGCAGUAAGAGAGAACUGCUAAAAACUCAAUUAUCACUAACUAGAAUGAAUUCUGAUGGUGUUGAACAUUCAGCAGCUAAUGUGAAUAGUGGUAUACUGCCAGACGUCUGUAUUGUUACAAGUGAAAGUCAACCAUUGUUACCUCCGUCAACUCCUACAACGCCAAACAUGGAUUUAUCAGAUCCUCAUCUUCCGCCAUGGAAUACAAAUAUAACAGAUGAUCCCGAAUAUGCCGAAGUGAUUAAACAAGCCGAACGAGCGAUCGAAGGCAGUAUCUUACCAGUCAGAAUAGCAGCUGGUUCAUCUGGUUCUUACUUUGUCCGCAAUCUCGAAGGCAGAACUAUUGGUGUAUUCAAACCAAAAGACGAAGAACCGUAUGGUCGAUUUAAUCCGAAAUGGACUAAAUGGCUACAGAAGACACUAUGUCCUUGUUGUUUUGGUCGCGGAUGUCUUAUUCCUAAUCAAGGAUAUCUAUCUGAGGCUGGUGCCAGUAUAAUAGAUACAAAACUUCGUCUCAAUAUCGUUCCUAAAACACGAGUUGUGCGUUUGGCUGCUGAUUCAUUUAAUUAUCCAGCGUACAAACGGCAUUUGGUAACAGCAAAACGUGAAAUAAAUGAAAGUGUCGGUCGGCAUAUGCACGGUAGACGAGUAUUUCAACCGAGGGGAUUACCGACAAAAGUUGGCUCGUUUCAAUUAUUUGUUGAGAAUUAUGUCGAUGCCGAUGUUUUUCUCAAGCGAAUAGAUCAUGAAUCUUUAUCCGACGCAGUCACCGCUGAAUUUCAAAAACAAUUCGAACGACUUGUUGUGUUAGAUUAUAUUAUUCGAAAUACAGAUCGAAAUAAUGGCAAUUGGCUAGUUAAAUACGAAGUCAAAACGAAUAACGAACGCGAUAUGAUUGAAAAUGAUAUUAUCGAUGUGGGCGAAGGCGAUCGUAUGACUGAUCCUGUAACAACAAAUGAAACAACAAAUACACGAGCGACUAUUGAUGUACGUAUCGCAGCUAUCGAUAAUGGUUUGGCAUUUCCAUUUAAACAUCCUGAUGAAUGGCGCACGUAUCCAUUUCAUUGGGCUUGGUUACCUCAAGCUAAAAUUCCAUUUUCCGAAGAAAUUAAAUCACUCGUACUGCCCUUACUAUCCGAUAUGAAUUUUAUUGAACAUGAGUUAUGUGAAGAAAUCCAACGAUUAUUUUCACAAGAUAAGAACUAUGAUCGACGCUUAGCUGAACGACAAUUAUCCGUCAUGCGGGGACAGAUCUUAAAUUUAGCUCAAGCUCUGCGUGAUGGUAAAUCACCCUUUCAGUUAGUUCAGAUGCCUGCCAUUAUUGUCGAACGCGCUCAUGGUCUCGAUACAGGAGAACCGAGACAUUUUAAGCAGAAAUUUAACGAUCGUUAUCCGAUAUUUUCGUGGUUUUAA